GGCUUUUAUCCAGCUGGGUCCAAGAUCUCCUUAAGGAAUCUCCGGGGAACCUGAGAGAGAGACUGGUGGCAGCCAGGCAGCCAGGAUGUUCACUGUGACCAGGGCCUUGGAAGAGGCCCUCCUCCAGCACUUCAGAUACACGAAACUGGACAUCGCCUAUGCCAUCAACAAGCCGUUCCCCUUCUUCGAAGCUCUCCGAGACAACUCCUUCACCACUGAGAACAUGUACAAGGAAUCUCUAAAAGCCUGUCAAAAUAUGGUCCCUCUGUCCAAAGUGGUGCACAAGGUUCUCACCAAUCUGGAGAAGACUUUUCACAUGUCACUGCUGCAGACAUUGUUCAGCCGUGUCAACCUACGUGAAUACCCCAGCAUGGAAGCAAUUUUCAGAAGCUUCAAAAAUGUUGCUGCUGCCUAUGAAAGGAGGAACACAACCACACAGACCCUAGUUGAAGUCCCAAGCGACCCAGCAGAAGGGUGCUCCCUCCAGGCUCUGCCACCCCUGCCGCCACCCCAGCUACCUCCACCAGGUCACCUGUCCUCUGCAACAAGAGCCUGCAACCCCAGAGCAUCCUCACAGCAAAUCACUGAGACCCUGGAUGAGAAGCACAGCCUUUCUCACCCAGCAGUACCACUCCCUGGCUUCAUUCAGGAAGAAAAAACCACUCCAGUGUCCUCCAGGCAUCACCAGAGAAAAGAUAAGGAAGACUCUCGGGAGACACCCCCCAGUCCCUCAGGCCCUGUGUCAGUGGUAAAAGAUGACUCUCUAUCAGCAAAUGACCUGGAAGUGCCCCAGGAAGCAGCCAGCACUCCUGCAAACAUGAAAGCCAAAAAUAAAAGAAAAAACAUCUGGUCAACUCCCAAAAGACAGAAGAAAAAAAGACCCCCAGAAGGUAAGAUGAGGGGGGUGGCCUCACCUGGACAUAGAGUCCAAAAGAAGCUCAAAGUGUUGGUUCAGAAGACUCUGAGGAAGAAUGACUCAACCAGGAACUUGAAGGAGGUGACCAGUACUCGGAAAGCAAGGAGGAAAUGUGCCCAGACACCCAGAUCACAGGAGCUCAGCAAUGAGGCUUCAAAGACAAACAGUAGAAGGAGGCCUCAGAAGAGGCACAGCAUACCACCAAGAACCAGACACAAAAAGCCCAAGGAUGACACUGCAGAUUUUCUCUCUCCUGCGCUUCCUGUGACCUGUGGUAAGGCCAAAGGGAUUUUGUUCAAGGAGAAACUGAAACAAGGAUCCUCGGAAAAGUGCAUUCAGAAUGAGGCAGGAGCUUGGCUCACUCCAAAGGAGUUUUUAAUGCAAGGAGAAAGGAGCAAGUCAAAAGACUGGAAGAAGGCUAUACAUUGCAAGGCAAAGACGUUACGAUUCCUGGAGGAGAAAGGACUUUUGCCCUGUACCUUCAAGAAUAAACCUCAAAACAAGGGUGACCAGUGGAUGAACUCCUGACCCAUGCUCAGCUGCUGUGUUGCAGGCUCUCCGUGUCUAAACUUUGCCUUUGAGCCCCUGGGUGUCCCAGCUCUGAGACCCUUCCUGUUUGAGCAAGGCAACUCAUCACACCUGGUCCAGCACUGGGGUACAUGCUUGCACUGAUGCCUUUGUUCACAGAUGAUUUGCCGUGGAAAAGUGCAUGCAUCCUGGAAAGUAAAGACAAAGCUGUUGCUGUCUGUGUGCCUUAGAAAAAGAUGUUGGUAUUAGAAUGAGUACAAACUAGAGGUGUCAGAAGGAGGCGGCUUUAGUGCAAGAAGCAAACAUG